GGGCUCUCUGGGUAGCGUAGUUCCUGGCCGGCUCACACCCGCACACGCUCUUCGCGCGUCACCGCCUCACCUUUCCCCCACACACCGCUAAUGACUUUCUCGUUAAUUGCUGCCCGCCGCCCCGGUGUACGCUGCACCGGGGUCCGUUAUUUGCAUCUGGUCCGUCGUGGGCGCCGGUGGGGAGAUGGUAAUGGAGGAGGGGCGUCCGGGUCCCUCAAAACCCGCCGGUGACAGGCGGCCCCAGCGGCGGGAGAAGAAGGACCAGCAGCAGGACAAGCAGCAGGCCUGUGAGGGUUUCAGUAUUAAAGCCAUGAUGAAAAACAGCGUGGUAAGAGGGCCCCCACCUGCAGGAUCAGUAAAACAAAGACCAGCAAAACACACAGCUUUUCGCAAGUUUUAUGAGAGAGGAGACUUUCCAAUUGCUGUUCAGCAUGAGUGUGCAGGAAACAAAAUCGCCUGGAAGGUAGAAAUUGAAAAUCUGGACUAUCAUUACUUUCUGCCUUUGUUCUUUGAUGGGCUUUGUGAAACAGAAUUUCCAUAUGAAUUUUUUGCUCGCCAAGGAGUCCAUGACCUGCUGGAGCAUGGUGGAAGCAAGAUUCUUCCUGUUGUUCCUCAGCUCAUUAUCCCAAUAAAAAAUGCACUGAACCUUCGUAACCGACAGGUCCUCUGCACCACACUGAAAGUCAUCCAGCACCUGGUGGUGUCAGCUGAAAUGGUGGGGGAGGCCUUGGUGCCCUAUUAUCGGCAAAUUCUCCCAGUCCUAAGCAUCUUUAAGCACAUGGAUGCAGCAGGACUCCAUGACUGGUACCAAAGAAAUGCAAUCCAUGUAUGCAGUUCAAGAUCUACUGACAAGAGCAGGGCUCAGCAGCAAGUUCCAACCACCAAAGCAGAUUUCUCAAAGAAAAAAAAAAAGGAACCAAGAUCUAAUUUUGUUAAUUUAGGUGAUGGGAUAGAAUACAGCCAGCAGAAGCGUGAAAAUAUUGGAGUUCUCAUCCAAGAGACACUGCAACUCUUUGAACGCUACGGAGGAGAAAAUGCUUAUAUAAACAUUAAAUACAUGAUUCCCACUUAUUGGUCGUGCAUGUAAACUGAGUUAUAUUAAAUGGGAUGAUUCCAUCUGUGCUCUAAAAAAACUGUAUCUGACUCUGUAUGGCAUCUUGUUAGUCAUGCUUUAUCUUCUCUACAGCUGCUAAAAUAGUGGCUUCUGGGGCAUUGGAGUGUUAGCACUAUUGUGAGCAAGGCUUUCCAAUACAUAAAUAGUGUCUGUUCCUUUGAUUACAAUGGUGUACUGUGCUUGUUUGUUCCCUGAAAGAAUCACUCCUUUAUAACAGAGCUGACUCGAACAGGAAUCUGAGUUAAACCUUCACUUGUGUAGACAAUAAAACUAUAAUUUUCAUACGCGAUUCA